AUGUCGACAAACAGAACGGAUCCUGUCGGACGACAGAUGACUCAACUGAGAAAUUCGUGUCACAAAGGCAUGUCGGCGAUAAAAGAAAACGAGACGAAAGGCGCACUGCUCACCAAAUUACGAGGUACCCUCAGAACACUUGAAGGGUUUAGGGCGGUUGCGAGUAUCUAUACAGUCCAGCACCAGACGCGAUCAGAUGUGUUAUCGGGCUUGCGAGUGACAUCGCUAUGGAUAUCCAGAUGGAGGUUUCGGAGAGGUGGAGACCUGCAAGCAAAGCCAGAAACAAUCGGCGCUUCUGAGAAAGUCAGCAUUGCGCUCAAAACCAACUUCAUGCUUACCUACAAAGCCGGAACAGAUCGUGAGGAGUCAGCCCCACUUAAGAAUUCGUUAGAGAGUCCUGGAGUCCCCAAAAAAAACCGAAGUCGUGUCACUCAUCCACCCCCCUCUCUAACUCCCGUCUCCAUUGAACUAGCACUGCCGCCACCUGCGGAGUCGCCGCACAAGCCCGGGGCUGGGAAAAAAAAAGCACACAACGGAUGGGUGCAGCUGGUACAGGUCGCUGAAAGGCACGACGACGACUUGCCUUUUUCGAACCACGAUUUUUUGGCACACGUUACGGGCUGGGGCAUCGAUGGCCGACGGCAGACCUCGGCAGACUCGGAUUCGGAACUUCCCGUACUAACACUGAAUCUUAGGAAACGCGCAUCCGACUCGAAACUCGAGUCAUAA